GGAAAUGAAACAAAAACUCUUUGUAACCGAAAGAUUUACCAAGCGUAAUAUGAAGGCAAUAAAUUACAAUAAGUAAAAACAAAAUUUGUUAACAAUGAGCUGAACAAAAACUGAAAAAAUWAACUGAAACGAAAUCCCACUUUGAGCGUCAUAACGAGGCAAUGUAUCACUACGCAUGCGCAGUUUCAUCUUACGAUCAAAACACGUUGCAUGAAGGAGUUUGUUCGUAGUCUAGCAUGGCGAACGAACAGGGGAGUGUGAGCAGUCGGAGAUGGAAAAAUGGCAAAGGCAGCUAGCUAACUCAAAGCGCGAAGCCUUCUCAGCCCAUAUAUUUACAGAAGAACAUCUCACCGAGGAAUUCAAGUAGUUUUGAGUCGUGUUGAAAGGGAAAGUAAAGGAUUUUUUUGAGUUUUCGAAGAAGCAGUGGAACGGUCAAAGUGGCGCCCCAAAGUCCAUUCAGAUAAACAACUUGUCGUAAUACUUCGGAUUUCAGGAAUUGAUCGAGGCUGUUGGUAAAUAUAACUCACUAAGAUUGCAGAUUAGGGCUUCGUUGAUAACGACUUCUGGUAAAAGUGGGAAGUUGUUCGUUUCUUUCUCGUUUAUCAGUGACUUUGCGUGGGUUUUCGAGCAGAAGUUGUARCAUUUUUGCAGCGGUUUUCGUACAUAACAAGCUCAUAAAUUAUACAUGACCCUUUGAGAUCUGGAGGCAAAAACAUGGCUACCCGACACAGCAGAGAGCAUUUAAAUCCGCUGAAAAAGAAGUUUAUCAGUCCAAAUAGCAAUCGGAAGUCACCAAAGUUCUUAAACAUUUCUCCAAAAUUUAAGUCAAAUCUAAAGGAAUUUCACAAACAUUCCCAAGGUAAAAAGGAAGGGAAUUUAAAGAAGAAACUUUACGAAAUGAAAAGGGAAAAACGAGAGAAAUAUCACYUAGGUGGAAAUAGUUCUGACCCUCUUAAUUUGAACAGUCUGAUUAAUCGUGAUCCAAUGUUGAGUACCCCUCAGGCGUCGCCACACCCAACGCAUGGGGAUUCGCCCAUUGAUGUGUGUUUACCUCACCAUGACGACGACCCACUCAAUUURAAGUGCUUUCCAGAUGAGGAUCUAAAGGAGGGWUUGACACCUAAAAAGAAGAAAAAGAAGAAGAACAAGUCGAACCAAAAUGACAUUGAAAAUAAAGUUGAUAAAGAUGAAAAUAAGAUGGAUGCACCGAAGGAUAAAAAGAAGAAAAAGAAACAAAAGAAAGUUAAGGCAAAUACAAAUGUGCAACAMCAAGGAGAUGGUCAGUUGGUAAAAGAAGAAGAUCAAGUACAAGGAAACAUUGACGAAGAAAGGAAGAAAGUGAUAAAGCGGGAUAAAAGUGAAACUUCGGAAAGUAGCGAGGGCGAACCUCCAGCAAAGAAAAAACGAAAGUCUAAGGAUACUUUAAAGUCUGAUGAUGAUAAAACUGACACUAGUAACUCAGCAAACAAUGAAAUGCCCGAACAAGGUGACAAGCUUAUAACGAAAACUGAGCAAGAAACAACUAUAGUCGCUUCUAGUAAUAAAAAAGAYACCAAGGAGCAAUCAAAAUUGUGCAAACAGAAACCCCAAAGCAAAAAGAGUAAAGUUUUUAUCUAUGGGAACUACAAUCGGUAUUAUCAUUACCGUAAUCCACAGAGCAGUGAAGAUUUACGUCUGAAAACAUUCAACAAAGACUGGUUCUCUGGUAAAGAUGUCCUWGAUAUUGGUUGCAAUGUAGGAGAUAUUACCAUCUUUAUUGCCAAGCAGUUUGAACCUCGGAUUAUUAUUGGCAAUGACAUUGAUAAUUCUCUUAUUAAGAUUGCAAAAAGCAAGUGUCAGGCYUCGUURCAGAGUUCGGAUUCUAUUGCAAGUAACUUAGGGAAAAUGAAAUUCCCAAUGUCAUUUAGGGUUACUAAUGGCCCUAUUGCYGUGCCAAGGMUUCUUGAGAAGGAAGAAAAACCACUUUUCCCUAACAAUGUUAUCUUUAAACAGGAAAAUUAUGUACCUCCUGAUGACAACUGUUUAGCAAAUCAGAAGCCRAUGUAUGACACCAUUUUAUGCCUKAGCGUCACCAAGUGGGUUCAUUUGAACUGGGGGGAUCAGGGACUCAAGCGUAUGUUUAAGAAGAUCUUCAGAAAUCUAAGACCAGGAGGAAGACUUAUUCUCGAACCUCAGCCUUUUGCUUCAUACAAGAAGAGGAGGAAACUAACAGAUAAAAUCAGAGCCAACUACAACAGCAUCUGUUUCAGACCUGAACAGUUUAUAGAUUAUUUACUCUCAGAUGAUGUUGGCUUUAUUGCUUACGAGGUUUUAGAAGAACCACAACAUGGGGCACCAGGUUUCAGACGUCCUAUAUAUCUCCUUACCAAACCAAACGCACCAAAAAGCUGAGAAACUGGACUUGUGUACUCAUUUCUUUUGAAAUUGGAUACUUUAUUAGAAAUAAAUAAACUUGUAAAUAAAUAUUAUUCUUUUCUGUCAUUUAAGAACUAUUAAUUUUAUCAAGAAUCUAAAUCUAUUCUGACCAAAUCUUCAGUUUACAGCACACAUUUUUCAGACUUUAACUUGGCAAUUUUUCAAUUCUUCAAAGCCACACAUACAUCCAUGAACGUUUGUGAUUGGUGAUCUUGUUUUACAAAAAUUCACCUGUUUAAAGCUAAUUUCUGUUUGGUUCAUAAUCAAAGAUGGUGAAUUUUUGAAAGUGAGAAAAUCGUGCAAAGGUUCUUUGAUGAAUAUGGACCUGUAAGAGGAUUAUAUUAGAGAUCACUGACCAAAAUCUCAAUUCUCAUGACUCUUUUGGUUAUAAAGGAGAAUUCCCAUUUGGUAAUUUAUCAAGUAUGCUGUAAUGAUAUUGACAGACGCACAUUGAUAUACAUGAAAGGAACUCAAUAUGAUUGUACCCUAAGAAUAAGUCUUUGUGUUAUUAAACUGUGCCAAAUCUGCU